GCUCAUUUCACUCUUAGAUUCAAUCCAUCUAUCGCUCCUCACUCUCGUCCAGACUCCAGUCCCUCUCUUCUUCUUCUUCUUCAUCGACCUUUCAAUCCAAAACCCACGCUUCCAUCUUCCAAACACUCGGAAAUCCCCAUACACCUUCUUCGUCCUCCGAAACCGCUGUUUCCCGGUUUCUUCUCCGACCACGGCCUGAAGAAAUUGCUCCAUGUCAGCAGGCGACCACCAUCCACAAGAGCUCGAAGCUUCACCGCGGCCAAAUGGCCAAUGCUUUUAUCCAAUUCUCUGCUCGAGUCCCCUGUUCUCUUGGCUGGCAGGGUUUGCGUCUUCUAUGCGCUCUUGAAGAUCGGUUUAGCUGGAUCCAAGGCUAACCCACUUGUCUCAACGGCGGCAGCAGCGGAGCUGGUGAUUUGGGGUUCUCUAAGUGGAUUGAGUCAAUUCAAGGCAACCCAGAUAAAGAAGCAUCUAACAAAUAGAAAUUAGUGAGCAAAUGGCAUCCCACCACCAAAGGCACACUCAGGAGGAACUACAGGGUGCCUUCAAAAUCUGAAGGAAGACGCCUCCGCAAAGCAGUUGCAAGUCUAUUAUCCAAGGUCACGGACGCCACUUCCCACAAGGGAUGUCAGAUUAGGAGGGAGAGUGGACAUGGUGAGAGUGUGCGCUGUAGCGACGUAAGGGCUCUCUUCGACGAACUGCCGACCCCUCACCUGAUUGUGGAGAUCACACUUUUCCCUGUUGGGUCUUUGACUGAGAAGGAUUGCCUCAAGGCUGAGAAGCUUGAAAGGGUGCUCAGGUCUGGGCCUUCUGUCUGAAAAGCACUACAAUUUUUUGAAUAUAACCCAACCGUAUCAUCGUACAUACGAAAUCCCCUUUUCAUCUACUUUACCAUGCUGAACAUUUCUAAUGAUAACUUGACUUUACACUAGAAAUGUCUGUUAGUUAAGCAGCCGGAUGAUGUGAACUCCUCUGAUACUCUUAAACAUAGAGGUGGCAAAUGGAUUGGAUCCAGUGGCGGACCCAGAAAUUUUUCAUAGGGGUGUCCUCUUUUAAAAAAUAAAUUAAAUAAAAAUAAAAAUAAUUAAUAAAAAUAAAAUUGUAAAUAUGAAAAUACCUUACUCGUAUAGGUUAAAAAAUUCCAUGACAUGUUUUCGUAUUCGAAAAUAAUUGUAGAAUACACUUGGUGUCUAUAGUGUUAAAUUUU